UAAUAACUAGUCAAAACAGGUGCCAUUUUGCAAAAUUUGUGGGAUAAAAAGAAGACAUGGUGAAACUUCACAUUAAAAAGGGAGAGGAGAGCCAUUUCUUGUACGAGACUAAUGUUGGUGUAUCAGUUGAAGAUCUUAUUAUUCAAUUGGUUAGACUUUACAAUGGGAGACUGAAAGUGGACAGGCUCUGUCAAGAGAUUGAGCUGUUAUCUUCCCAUGGGAUACUCCUUCCCCCUAACAUGCAAGGGCUGACAGAUGAGCAGAUCAUUGACCUCAAACUGAAAGAUGAGUAUGCUGAUACCUGCAUACCAUGUGGAGGACACACUGAUAAUCCUGACCCUGUUGGAAGGAGAAAUGGAAGAGCACCGAAUGAGAAGAUGAAGGAAGUAUUGCAUAGGACCAUCAGUGAAGCAAGAGCAGCUAUUUCCAAAAAUCAAGUGGCAGCCAAAGUAUGCAUGACGGAAGAGAUCAUCAGUGACUCACUGGAUAAGCUCAGAGGAGCAAUAAUGAUAGUAUAUCCAAUGAAUUUGCCCCCUUAUGACCCAAUCAGACUGGAAUUUGAAGGUCAAGAAGAUCUGACUGGUUCACAGGCAUCUUUGGCUGUUCUAGAGGAAUCAACUGCUCAGCUGUGGUGGGCUGGAAAAGAACUGACUAGGAGUAAGAAGCUCCAAGAUUUCAUUGGCAGGAAUGAGAAGACUACCAUAAUUGCUAAAUUGCAAAAGAAAGGUCAAGGUGCCCCAGCAAGAGAGCCAGUGUUUAGUGAAGAUGCUAAGAAGGAAAUGAUGUCGUAUGCAUAUCGCAGACAAGAGGAACUAAAGAAAUUAGAAGCUGAUGAAGAAGACUCGUACCUCAAUGCUCAAUGGGCUGAUCCUCACGAACUGAAGAGAUCAUUUCAAGGACUCAGGGACAUUAAGUGGGGGAGUGGUCUUAAGUAGUAGUAUAGCUCUUAAGGUCUGAAACAACAUUUUAUCACUUAUUUUUAUGAUGAACUUUACUAAUGAGUAAAAUGAAUAAAAGAGACAUUAUGUAUAUGAGUAAAA